AUGUCUUCGGACCUUCUUUCAUACUCCAUCAUGAUGAAUGGAGAAAAGGCAGUGUCGUACGCUGCCCCUCAUUAUGCUCCGUUAGCAGUGGGUAAGCCCGAGAAAAUCACCUUGCCGCCAAUCUCGGCCUACGUCGGACUUACUGAGAGAAACCUCAAUUCUCUUAAUCUGUUGACGUCCUCGGUGUCGUCGCCCCCACUGUUGACGUCGCUGCUGGCUCUGGAGCUGCCUCUUCUGCUGCCUCGCAUGGCCGCACACGAUCUUUAUAAGUUGUCAUAUGGCAACCGUAAUGUGAGCGUGAGCUCUACCACUACUAGUGACCGUGUCUCCAGUGAGUCCGGAGCCACCACACCUUCUAUUGCUUCUGCUGCUGUUGCUCCUGCUAGCUCCGAAAGCCCCAAGAAACGUCGUCAGCGGUUGGGUCCAUCAUGUGAUAACUGUCGUGCACGUAAGGUCAAGUGUAACGCAGAGGUGAUGAUGUUGACUAGACAUUUUGCUCAGAACGAGUGCGACUCGGAGUCAUAUGCCGAGGAGUUUGCAUCGUUGCUGCCCGAGCACAAACUGACCAUCUUGUCGGGUGAGCUUGUGACGGUGGGUGACUACACCUUGGUUCUUUCUAACAACAAACUCAUCAAGUAUAAGUCAUGUCUGUCGUGUGCAGGAAAGGCAUUGGGAUGCUGUUUCUCCAAGGGCUUCACAAAGGAAGAUAUUGUGUACAGCAAGCGGUCUGGACCGGAGGCUGUGCCCCUUGUUGUGGAGCGCAAGGCUGCAGCAGUUAAGGUUGUCAAGAAGCGCAGUGCAGAGUCUAGUGGAAGCACGAGAAAGAGCUCGUGCACUGCCUGCCGUAAGAGAAAAGUCAAGUGUGUGAUGCACACGAGGCUUAACAAGUGUAUUGGGUGCAUGAAGAAGGACAGCACUUGUUCGUUUGAGGUUUAG